CUACUAGCUCAGAGGACAGAGAAAAGUCAGCGUCGCCGCUGACGAAACAUCAUCAGAAAUACAUCCUUCAUUGGCAACAUGGUGGAGCAAUUGCAGCACACACAGAAACGGAGGUUGAAAGUACCUGUCCGCUAUGUGUUCGCGGGAGUGCGGGUGUUGAUCGUGCUGAUUAGCUCUCUGCAGGGUGGCUGCAUGAGCCUCGCCAUCACCAGCAUGGUGAAGAGCUCAUCCUCCAGUGCCACCAACACUACCAACAACACCACGCAAAUUUCUUCCGACGUGUGUCCUGCACCCGUCGACACGGACAAUGUCACAACUGCCAAGGAUAAGGGCGGCGACUUCGACUGGAGCGAGCUGACGCAGAGCUACGUGACGAACGGGGGGACCUACGGCGCGCUGUGCACGAUGCUGAUCGGCGCGUACUUGGCCCUGCGAUGGAGUCCCAAGCUCAUGAUCGCCUGCAUCACGGGCCUGUCCAUCGCCUGCACCCUGCUGACGCCCGUGCUCGCCCGGUGGAGCGUCUACUCGCUCAUCGUCGCGAGGGUGCUGCUGGGACUCGUGGCGGGAUGUGGCCUGCCCGCCUCAGGCCAACUCGAGUCUUCAUGGUUCCCUCCUGAAGAGAGGCAGUCGCUGUCUGGAAUCAUCGUGUCUGCUAUUCACAUUGGCAGCAUUGUCUCGUCCAGCGUUACAGGUGUCCUUAUCGAGACGCAUGGCUGGGAAUUCGUGUUCUACUUGUAUGGAGGAAUCAAUACCUUGUCGUUGAUUCUGUGGAUGGUUUUUGUCUACGAUACUCCGCAGAACCAUCCCUUCAUAUCACAAGAGGAGAAAAAUUAUAUUGCCGCAAAAGUAAACAAAAUAACUGACGAAAAGCUUCCCGUACCUUGGAUUCAAAUAGCAAAGUCGCCCCCGGUGUGGGCGUUCUUGUCUAUGUCGGUUUCCAUUACGUGGCUCUCGUUCAUGUUCAUGACUGAACUGCCGACAUAUCUCAAGCGUAUGUUGCACUACAGCACAACUAAGGCUGGGUAUGUAACAUCAUUUUCUAAUGCUGCAGCAGUCUUGAGUCAGAUAUUUUCUGCAUUUCUUUCCCAGUGGGCUAGAAGAAAAGGAUACGUAAGCCAUCUCACUUCCUACAGGAUAUUCAAUGCUAUAGCGACCCUGGGACCAGCGGUCACGCUCGUGGCCGUAACGCAGGUCGGCUGCGACGCCAACACCAUCGUGGUGCUGCUGCUGACGACCAACUUCCUGCACGGCUCGUUCAUAUCCGGCAGCAUGCUGAACCACAUGGACCUGGCCAUCAACUUCGUGCCGGCCCUCGUGGCCACCAGCGGCACCAUCGUCAGCGUCGUGGGCAUCCUCUCGCCCGCCAUCGCCGCGGCCAUCAUCAACAACAACCAAACAUUGACGGCGUGGCACAAGGUCUUCUACAUAUCGGCUGCUGUUUCUGCUGUUCCUUAUGUUAUCUUCUUCGUAUUCGGAUCUGUGGAUGAGCAGCCGUGGAACAAGCCCCAGUCACAAAUCAACAAGGAAGAGUUCAAAGCUACGGAACAAUCAGAAUCUCAAAAGGAAAAAGACAGGAGAGUCAGCAAAAACUGCAAAGUGGACAUUUCUUGAUCCAGAGCUGGACCGCAUAAAACUGUGCAUAUCUAAUUUGUAAACCAAAAGUAUUUUCAAGGAAGUUAAUUUCCGAAAAACGAGGAGAAGACUUGUUGGAAAGCAAUUAUAUUAAUCGCCCUUCAAAAAAAAUUGAUUGCUAAAGUAAAUAAUUGUGAUAUCGUUAUUAAAAUUAAAUCGAAAAAUGCUGAAA